GCGAGGCGAAUUUUGAUGUUCGGGGCAGGUUCCUUGUUCGUCAAAAUCCACUUGCCACAAUUGUACAUGAACCUAUUUUAGUGUACGAUUCUUUAUAAUGUGUGAAAUUGCUAUUUCUAUUUUUAAAAGUUUUUGACUGUUUCCCCAUGAAGCCCUAUUCGUUUCAAUUACAACGAGUGUUUUGCAUUUGAAAUACAAAGAUAAUAAAGAUUUUUGUUCUAGCUUCAGAAAAAAAGGUGACUAAUCAAAUAAUUAUUUCAGCACAACACAUACCUAAAACUAACAUUAGCAUUCAAGUAGGUUAGACUACAGGGACCCUCAUCUAGACUGACAGUGAUUAUUGCCCCUUUAGAAACCCGGAAGUACAUCAUAUGACGUUAGUCUAGUGUUACAAUUGUACCACAUUGUUUGGGCGCGAAAGCGCUAAUAUUUUACAAAUAAAUUGUUUUCUUUAUAUUCCUAAUAUUUCAUCCUGGCGGCAGCAACUACUUCCUCGAGCACAAUGAAUACCAAGUACGAUGAUUUGGAAUACCCAUACUGUGAUGAUGUGAACAAAUUUGAUAAACUUGCUAAGAUCGGACAGGGGACUUUCGGAGAAGUAUUUAAAGCUCGAUGUAAGAAGACCAAAAAACUAGUUGCAUUAAAGAAGGUUCUGAUGGAAAAUGAAAAAGAAGGCUUCCCCAUCACAGCAUUAAGAGAAAUCAAGAUUCUACAACUUCUGAAGAAUGAAAACAUUAUUAAUCUUAUCGAAAUUUGCAGAACUAAAGCCACAAGUUACAAUCGGAUGAGAGGAACAUUUUAUCUAGUAUUUGACUUCUGUGAACAUGAUCUGGCAGGUUUGCUAAGCAACGUCCAGGUAAAAUUCUCUCUUGGAGAAAUCAAGAAAGUCAUGCAACAGUUACUGAACAGUCUCUACUUCAUCCAUAGUAACAAAGUCCUUCAUCGAGACAUGAAAGCUGCCAACAUUCUUAUUACCAAACAUGGUGUACUCAAGCUGGCUGAUUUUGGUUUAGCUCGUGCAUUCAGUUUGAAAGGCCAGCCUAAUCGUUAUACAAACAGAGUAGUGACCCUUUGGUAUCGGCCGCCAGAACUGCUUCUCGGCGAACGAAAUUAUGGUCCACCUGUUGAUCUUUGGGGAGCUGGGUGUAUCAUGGCUGAAAUGUGGACACGCAGUCCUAUUAUGCAAGGGAAUACUGAACAGCAUCAACUACAAUUGAUUAGCCAGUUGUGUGGGUCGAUUACACCAGAAGUAUGGCCUGAUGUUGAAAACCUUGACUUGUACAACAAAAUUGAACUUCCAAAGGGUCAGAAGCGUAAAGUAAAAGACCGCUUAAAAGUUUAUGUCAAAGAUCAAUAUGCUUUAGAUUUGCUGGACAAAUUGUUAACACUUGACCCUUCAAAGCGUUGUGAUAGUGAUACUGCUUUGAACCAUGAUUUCUUUUGGACAGAUCCAAUGCCUACUGAUUUAUCUCGUAUGCUGUCACAACAUACAACCAGUAUGUUUGAAUUUUUAGCUCCUCCACGUCGACGAGGUCCAACACAACACCAUGUCCAAGCUCGACCCACACAAAAUCCUGACCAACAUUAUGAACGAGUAUUUUAAUAUUUUUUACCUAACUAUAAAUCCUUUACUAGUUGUUGGCUAAUGCUGACACACUCCCAUCAUUGACAACUGGAAAGGUUUAUAUUCAAAUAACUGUGAUUUGUAAGAAAUUGCUUUUCAAAUCUGAAUUUGGUUUCCCUUUAAAUAGUAUGCUGUUUAAAAAAAAUCAAUUUCUUUAGCUGUAAAUAUUUUUCAUAAAAAAAAAAAAAUGUUAUUUUUUUAUUGAUAUUUUUCUUGUUACAUGUAACAGUAGUUUUAAAUUUUUAUUUACUACUUAAUUUUGCAAAUCAAGUUGUCUAAAUCUUAAAUUAUUUGUUUUAUAUUACUAAAAUUGUGUUUAAUUAUUUUGUAAGAUAAGGAUGAAGUCAAAGCUGACUUUGAAAAUUAAAACUGAAAAUGUCUGUGUGCACAUGUGAAGACAAAUUUGUGAUUAAACCUGUUGUUAUAAAGUAAACAAACUUUUUCAUCAUUAAUGUCAAUUACUUUGGCUGAGUAAGUAUUGUGAAUAAGUUUUGGAAAACAAACAAUAAUCUAUGGGGUGAACAGUUAUUGUUAAUACAGAUCAGCUUAAAGCGAACAAACUUCAAACAUGUUACAGUGUGAUCAGGUUUUUUAUUUUUUGCAUAUCCACAUCAACAUUGUUCAAUGUCUUCCUUUUUUUUUUAAGAUUUGGGUCCUACUUCUUGUGACCAUAUAGUCUCCCUGUGACAGGUAGUCUAUCAUAACUCAAAGAAAGUCCACUUGAAUCCCUCAAGCUCUGAUAAGAUAUUUUAUAACAUGAAUGGAUGAGAUAUCUCAUUAUAAGGCCUAAAGGCUACUUUAACAGAUAUAUCUUGUCAAAUUAUAUACUAUGGGUUUAUGUAUUUACUUUCUUUCUUCUGUUGACUCAUUAAAGAUCCUACCAUCAUCAUUUGAACAUCUCAACGGUAAUAGACUGCCAUUAAUCCUCACCUUCUCCAACACUAAAUCUUUCUCCUCUUAAUCAUCAGUAUUGCUUUUGUAGUCAAAUUUACUGGAAACCUCUGACGUUCGUCAAUGAGUUCUUGCCCUUGAAAAAUAUUGUGAAAAUUGUUUUGUCUUCCACACACCUCCCAUGCAGAUGAUAUCAUCCUUCAUAAUUUUUUGCAUCUUGGCAUCAUUCACAUGAACCUAGAGACUUCAUGCCAAAAAUUGCACUGACUCCAAAAGAUGCUCCAAUGCAGUAAUGUCAAUCUUGUCUCCUUUAACAGUACAAGGAUACAGGUACUAAGAUUAAAAAAAAAACCCUAAGAGAUAAAUAAUUAUGCUAAGUGUAUGGAACCUCAUUCUAAUGAAAACUCUUUUUUUGGAUGUUUGUGUUGGAAUAAUUUGCAGCACUAGUAUAUAAUCCAUAUCAAAUCCCAAACCUGCUGUACCAUAUUUUCAGCAUGGUUUAAAAUGUUUCUGAAGAACAGUAUUUGAAGAAUGAUCCUAAAGAGGAUAAACUGGCUUACAGGUGGUCUUUCAUGAAUAUAUAAAAUAAGGUUAUAAGUGCUCACAAUCUAUGCAUGGAAGUUUUGGCCAAUAAAGCUUUGAUUGGUUACAAAAGGCAUUCGAAAUUUCAUUAAAAAACGAAGGUAUUUCAUAAAUGCUUAAUGAAGAGAUGUAUUAAAGUUUAGGUUUGUGUCAAUUGAUGAAACUCUUGAACAAAAUUAUAUUGGGAAAAAGACCAACAAUGCUACCAGAUCUACACAAUCCAGGAACUGGGUAAAAUCAUGAUAAUCUUACUAUUAGCCCUAUCACAGAAUGAAAUAAAAUUUUAAAGAUUUUUUUCCUUUGUACCCACUAACUUUUAUAUUCCCAAAAUCACAAAUAUACUACUCAUAAACAAGAAUAAAAAAUUAAAAUUCUAACUAUUGUUGAUAUUAACAUUUGAUUCUAUUCCUCAUUUAUAUAAAAGAUACUUAAAACCAUUUAAACUCUUAGCAUUCAGAUUACUCUGUCGAGUGUAAUGCUUAUUUAUCUGCAUUGUUUUGAAUUAAUUGUGCAUUAUCUUUAAGGUUUGAAAUUUCUACGAUGUGAUUGUUUAUUUUUACAAUGACAUUGCUGGAUGUGUAUGAGAUGCCAGAUUUGACUAGUUUGAACAUAAAACAGGAUAUGGCUAGUGUAAAUGCUAAAGAGUUAAGAAAACCCACACAAUGUUUAUCAGCAAACUAACUCUUCUCAGAUCAACAAGACAAUGUAGUAGACACUAUCACAUCUAGAAUCUGCAAUUUCCUGAACAGUGUACCACAAAGAUAUCUCCUCACCUUGUUCUAUGUAACCACAUACCAUUUCCACACACCAUCAAACAUCAUCAAGAUGUUCCAAAAUAACAUCUUUCAAAUCCAUCACACGUUUUUUCUAGGAACUUCUAUGAGUCGUAUAUAGCAGUCAUAUUUUCCCAAAAACAUGUUAGUCUUCAAAAAAAAAAAAAAAAAAA